AUGAUAUGCUGUGUUAACUUUGAUAUUGCUAGUAGUUGUGAUGGUCGAAAGGGUCAUUUUCCUGUAACGUAUUCAUUAGAUGGUGCUGUAGUUAUUGGCUUGCUGUUAAUCUGCACGUGUGCCUACCUGAAAAGAAUUCCUCGUUUGAAUUCAUGGUUUCUUAGUGAUAAGAAAGGAUUUUUUGGUAUAUUUUACAAAUUCCACUAA